AUGACGCCGGCGAACGCUCUGCUGUGGAUCUGCUCCGCGGCCGCCGGCCUGGUUCUUCUCCGGCUGGCCCUCCGGUGGUGGCGCUGGCUGGAGGAGAGCCUCUACGCCUGCCAGCACUACAAGAUCCCCCGGUACGACGAGAGCCUCCAGGAGAAUCCCCUCUACCGAAAGGCCGCCGCCUACAUCUCCUCCCUCCCAUCGCUCGAGGACUCGGACUAUGCCAAUAUCUUCUCCUCCACCGCCGCCGCCUCGAAGAAGAAGAUCGGCGGCGACCACCUCUCGCUGCAGCUCGAGGAGGGGCGCACCGUCAGGGACUCCUUCCUCGGUGCUCCGAUCUCGUGGACGAACCUCUCCAACGCCGCCCUCGUCAUCCGCGUGCGCCGCCGGGACAAGCGCCGCAUCCUCCGGCCCUACCUCAACCACGUCGAGUCCGUCGCCGAAGAGAUUCAGCUCCGGCGGAGGGAGCUCCGCCUGUACACCAACUCCUGCGGGGGAUCGGGGGGACGGCGGUGGAGAUCAGCGCCCUUCUCCCACCCCUCGACGCUAGAAACCGUAGCCAUGGACGCCGAGCUGAAGAACCGCGUCAGGACAGAUCUGGAGUCCUUCUUGAAGAACAGGUCCUAUUACCAUCGCCUCGGCCGGGUGUGGAAGAGGAGCUACCUCCUCUACGGCCCUCCCGGGACCGGCAAGUCCACCUUCGCCGCCGCCAUGGCCAGGUUCCUCUGCUACGACCUCUACGAUCUCGACCUGGCCGGGUGCUCCUCCAACGGCGGCGAUCUCAAGGACCUCCUCCUCCAGACGACCCCUCAAUCGGUCAUCGUGGUGGAGGACCUCGACCGGCACCUGCGCACCGCCGCGGCGGCGCCGUCGCCGGAGAGCAGCCUCGCGGGGAUCCUCAAUUUCAUGGACGGGAUCUUCUCCUGCUGCGGGGAGGAGCGCGUCAUGGUGUUCACCAUGAGCGGAUUGAAGGAACGGGUCGACACCGCGGUGCUCCGUCCUGGCCGGUUGGACGUCCACAUCCACUUCCCGCUCUGCAAUUUCCCGACCUUCAAGACGAUGGCCAGCAGCUAUCUCGGCCUCAAGGACCACAAGCUCUACCCGCAGGUGGAGGAGAUCUUCGACGGCGGCGCGAGCCUCAGCCAGGCGGAGAUCGGGGAGAUCAUGAUCUCAAACAGGGGAUCCACCAGCAGGGCCCUCAAGAUGGUUAUCACCGCCCUGCGGGAGCAACAGAAGAAACAGCCAGUGCCACCAGCGCCGCUGCCGCAGGUCUCCGGGACAUCGGAGAGGAUGUCGGCGGUGCCGCUGGGGAAGAUUAGCGACGGCGGCAGCUGGUUACCCCCGCCGGAGGAGCAUGCAGAGGCGGGCUCGGAAGGGGGGACCCUGAAGGAGAUCCGCAAGCUCUACGGCCUCAUCAAGCUGAGGAGUGGGAGCAGGAGGGAAGGGGGCGGCGGCUCGCCGCCGUCGGAGGCCCCCCUCGCCGCCGCCGCCGUCGAGAAGGAAAUUACCUGCUAG